AUGGCGUCCCAUCAGCUGACAAUUGCGAAGGCCUCAUUCUCCGCAGGUCUGCUACAUCCAGACCCAACGUCCGUCACACGGGACGAAAUUAGCUCUUUCCACACCUCGCUCGACCGUGUCCUCUGCCAUUGUACGCCGGCAAAUAUCCAGAGAUGCAAAGACUGGCUUCAAGUUUAUGUCACCUACUCGCCUAAGCGCUCAAAUGGAUUGACCAAGUACUUGGUUGCCCUAGCUGGCUCUGACGCGUCGCACAGCCAAGCAUCGCCCAAGCGUCUCCAGCUCCACGUCCUUUAUCUGAUCAAUGACCUGCUACAUACUAGCAAGUACCAUUCAAAAGGAGGCAAGGAGUUUUCUGUGAUCAACGAGUCACUCAAGCCAUCCAUUGUCGACCUGUUUGGUCGAGCAGGCGCCUACAGCCUAGAGAAACACCCUCGUCACCAUCAACGGCUUAGUGAUAUUGUGAAGAUCUGGACUGAAAAUGGAUACUUCAGCCCUGAAAUCCUGGAUCAACUACCAAUCGUAGUGAAAAACGCCGCUUUGCUUGAGGCGUCGUCAAAUGAUGUCAUGGUCGACAACUCUGACCCGACCAAUAAGCUCUCCGCGAGAAACGAACCAUUUGUCCUGCCAGCUACACAUGGCGAUCCCACCAUCGCUUGGUACGACUUGCCCGCCGCCAAUAUCCUCCCGCUCCUCACACCCAACUCCACAACCUCCAUUCGCCCGGAGAUGAUCCGGCCGUUGCAAUUGGCAGCAGGGCCUGCCAAUGAGACGCUAGUGAACGCCGUCAAAGGAUUUAUGGAAGAGGUUGACCAGAUCUACACCACGGGUGAUGUGGUCAUUGGUGGUGAUAACCCCGAGUUGGACUUACUUGGCCAGAAGGUCGCUCGUGACGAGAUUUCCAAGGAAAUUCUACAGGGUGAUACAUACUAUGGGUGGUCUCGUGAAUUUUCCCAGCGAAUGAAAAAGCGACAGAAACUCGGGCAAGCUGAACGUCGGCCUUACGAUCAGUACUAA